AUGGCGUUCAGGGAUCGCUUUUGUUCCUCUGGCUCUGAAGUCAAUUUGAUAAGUGAAAACGAGCCAGAUGACAAUUUUGAAGACGACCCAGACCCGUGUCCAGAAGAAGAAGAAGAAAUAGACCUUGGUAUUCACGCUCCAUCGGACGAUAAGUAAGUUCUCCCAUACAGUUCAUGAUUCAUAAGCUAUGUCGUCAAGCUGUCAGUGUUUAUGUUUCUAAUUCUGUAUUGUGAGGUACUUUUGAAAAAUAUUCUGUGGCUUUCGGACAAAACCUAAAUCACAAAAUCGAGGAAGGGUCUUACAUGACUAUUCUGCACUUUUCAAAUUGACAUUUAUUAUUUAUUGGCUGAAGGAGUGAACUUUACCGAUACUGUGCGGUAAUGAAAAUAGAAAUCAGAACCGAUGCUUCAUUUCCUGCUGUUACCUGAUGAAUCUUAACGAUAGAACGCACUUUAAUAGUUGGUAUUCACAAGAGAAAAAUCAAGGAAAAUUACUUCCAUUUUCUAAACUGUAUAAUAAUAGAUAAUUCAUAAUCGAUUUUGUGAUGCUUGACAUAUAAGGGAUCGGUUUUCAGUUGGGAAAUAAUUCGUUUUCACUAGCAGCUUACACUACUCAAACAGUAGAUCACUGCUAUAAUGGCGCGUAGUUUGGUUUCGACUUUUCUGUGUUUGAAUCUUUAGCUUCCUAACCUGCUAACCGAGUGUGUUCCCAUUCCUACACGUCCGUAAAUUAUUCACAGAAAAAAAAGUGUUAUGUGUUAUUUAUUCAUCCACAUUUCGAGUAUAACAUAAGCUAAUUACAAGGUUAAUCAAAACUGUAACAAAAUUAUGAAUGAUUAAUGAUUGGUCAUCAGCAGCCCCUAAAGGUACUAAGGAGAGAAAUUCAUACUUGGGUAUAAACAUUCAUACUUACUUAUUCAUAAGAAUGUUUGCAUGUCACUGAGAAUUUGGGAAGGUGGUCAGAGAUCUUCAUAACUGAAAAUGCUGUAACUCCUUGAUUCGUAUUCAACCACCAGUGUGUUGGCAAUUCUUCACUGGAUUUUUCAGAAACACCAAAGGAACUGUCAAUAAUUAUUUUUCUUUAAAUUUUCCUUGUGUUUUUCUCAGAUGGUUUCAUGGAAAGCUUGACAGAGCAGAUGCUGAAAAGAGACUCACAAACAGUGGACAAGUUGGCUCAUACCUUGUUCGUGAAAGUGAUCGACGACCAGGGACAUAUUCUCUUUCUUACCUUGGUCGAAAUGGCAUCAGUCACUUCCGUGUAACAGGCGUGUGUGGAGACUAUUAUAUUGGAGGACGACAGUUCUGUUCUCUGAAUGAUCUGAUUGGUUACUACACAGCUUGGUCUUGUUUGCUAAAGGAUGAACACCUUAAGUUUCCUGUCUCACCUCCAGAACCAGUUCUUGUCAAAAAAAGAGUAAUAGCCAAGUACACUUACAGCAAAGUACCAGAUACUGAUGAACUUAGGUAGGGGGUCACCAGAGGUUUGAAAUUUGCAAGCAGCACUGAAAUUUUAUGCUUGUCUAAUACUUUUCUACCCCAGUUAGUUUUCAAGCACUCCACUUUAUUAUUAUACUCUCAGUUGGUACAUGCCCUAUGAUUGGUUAAUAGCAGGUCAUAUAUUGCUGCAUGGCCCAUUGAAGUUUGAUUUGAGUUGAAAUCUUCCUCCUCCAUUUGAGCCCAAAGAUUCAACAAACAUCUUACAAACCCUGUUUGCUGUCUGUAAUGUAAGUUAUGGAAUGUCAUUUUGUGUUUGGGCUAUAAAUCUGAGUAAAAAAAACUUGCUCUGUAACUUACAAUGCAGACUUCCAGCAUAGUUAGCAGGGAUUUCAAAUCAAGCCCAUGACUGCUGGAGUUCUGUUGGCUCCUUGAUAACAUGUCACCAGUUACUCUCAUCAAAAUAAUUACGUUUUGGCCUUCAAUGAACUUUUUAAUGUCACCUACUUUGCUGAGUCUGAUGCGUACUUCAAAGCAUUUUGAAACCCCUGCAUUACAUGUAGUAAGAGAUAAUCAAAGGUGGUCAAAAAGUAAUGGAAAUGAGAUAUAUGAUGAUUAAAAAUGGGCAGAAAGUGAAUUUGAGUAGACUGUUUGGAAGCAAAGAACAAAUUUGUGUCACUGAAUAGAAUGACAAGAGAAAGUCUUGAACUGGGGGCCUCAUCUUAGCCACCCUGCUUUCCACAGUAAAUGCAUGAAUAUUCAUCCGUUCUUUUUUUUUUUUUUCACGUUAAGUUUUUUCCAGGGAGAUGUAUUUGUAGUAGAUGAUGUUAUUGACAUGGACUGGCUCUGGGUGACGGCUCAGAAAAACAGGGAAACAGGUUUGGUGCCUGCUGCCCUUGUGGAGGAUGCGGUGAGUUGUUAACCAUAUCAGUGUUCUAGCUACAGAAGCAGUUUGGCUUUAAAAACCUGACACAGUCAGGUACUCAAGGUGAUCUCACAACAGAGAGUCGGGCUUGAGUUUUUUAAUUAGCAAUCAAUUGUAAAACUUUCACUUGAUUGAAAAUAUUCUUGAAAAUAAUAUUUUCAUUCAAAUCAGUGUUUCGUAAGUUCACCACAUAAUGAACAGAUCCUAAUGCAAACAGGUAUGGUUGAAAUACUCAACUAUUGAGCAUCAAACCAGUGAUGAUUUUUUUGCUUGCUAAGUAAACUGUUCUGUUUGUUUUUCUAGAAAAAAGAUCUUGAUCCUUGUGCAGGAAAGCCGUAAGUUCUUUCUCUUCAGGGGUAGUUGAUCUUGUCAUUGUGGCUAUAUGCAAUUUUGAAAUGUAACUAUUUUAUAAAAAUAUUCCAUGUUGUUACAAGUGCAUCUGUUCAGUUAUAGAUCACAGAUGACAUUGAAAUGUGUUAAGAACAAAAAAGUGGCUCAUGGCACAGAAAAAUGCUGUUAACCCUUUAAAUCCUAAGAGUGACUAGCUUCUAAUUUCUCCUUACAAUAUCACCCCUGAAUCAAACAUUAAAGGGAUGGGAAUGGAGGAAAUGAUCACCAACUAAAGCAGCUCUUGAUUGUGGAACAAAUUCUCCUUGUCAGCCUCUUUGGAAAUGUAUAGAGAACAGUAUGGAGAAUAUGCAUACUGAUGUUUUGGGUUAAUGAUGAUGUCAUCUAUGUGACUAUUAUUAUUAUUAUUAUUAUUAUUAUUAUUAUUAUUAUUAUUAUUAUUAUUAUUAUUAUUAUUAUUAUUAUUAUUAUUAUUAUUAUUAUUGACUGUCCUCCCAUAGAUCAUAAUUAAGAACCACUCAAAAUGUGUGUAUAAUUCAUCUCAUCAUUUCAAUAUGUAUAAUUUAAUUUUUAUGUUAAGGUGGUUCUUUGCAAACAUUUCAAGAGAAGAAGCACAGGAGAUUCUUCAUAGAGGUAACUUCUUUAAUUAUGAAUUCUUCUGUUAAUUUUAUUUCUGUAUUAUGGUUGAUGCACAUUUACAUAUGUUUAGCUUUUCCUUUUUUUUAAGUGUGUGUUUGGUAAGUCAUCACUUGCCUACUACAUUGGAAUCAAAAUCCACACCCUGGCUGGGUCAUUAUAUUUUGUUCUCAAACUCACUAAUUAUUCAUGAGGUUAUCAGCCAAUGAGGGAAAAGUAUUUCAUCAAAUGCAUGAAUCUAGAUACUCGAUAAAAACACAUAUCCAUAUUUCAUCAUAUGCAUGAAUCUAGCUAUAUAAUAAAAAUGCAUAUCUAGAUCAAUAGUGAUCUGGAUAUGUGUUUUUAUUGGAUAUCUAGAUUCAUGCAUAGCAUGAAAUGCAAAUAAGAAAAACUACUGUAAUGGUUCAUUAGGGAACACUUUCCUUUAGAAGUUUACUUUCCUCUUCACCACUUUAUGGAACAGUAAAACAAUUAAUUGCAUUACUUUCUGCCAUAAUCGAGCUCCAACUAACCAUGGAGCUACAAUCUAAAUAAGCAAAAUAAGCUGAAUUCCUCAAAGAAACCCCAAAGAGACAACAGAUGAAUGGUAGCUGAUAAUGAUGUCCAAAAUUAUGCAACCAAUAGAAUGUAACAAUAGUGUUAUGAUUUAGGUGAUAUCCUAAAAAACAUCUCAAAAUCAAAAACAUCUCAAAACAAAUAACAGCACUUGGCCGAGGUGGCCUCCUGCUUUCAUUUGUUUCUUGAUAUUUGGAUACCAUAAUGAAACCCUCACACUCGUUUUUUAAAUACUACUUCUUAGUUGCCAAUACACUUCACCAUCGCAGUGCCUCUUGUAAACUAGGAGUAAAAAUGUGGUGCGGCAAAAUGUCAGGAAAGCCUGGUGAAAUGCUGGGAGGUAACCUGGGAUGGACUUACAUUCCAUCCAAACAACCUUAAUCCUUUCACUCCCAAGAUCUUGUCAGUAAUUCUCCCUACUGUUUGUCAUACUAUUCUUAUGAUUUUAAGGUAGUUGGGAGAAGUUGGUAUUGGAUCAACUAACAAUCCUCUGACUGAUCUUUUCCUUUAUUUUCAUCACUUGUUUGCUUGAUGUUGCAUUGAUAUUAUAAGGAGAAAUUCUGUCUUGGUCACUCAAUGGGAGUUAAAUGAUACAGAAACUGAGAGUAAGCACUGCCCUCCAAGACCCAGUCUAUGUUAAAGUAACCAUUACAAUGAUUGAUUAGAAUGACUUUGCUUCUGCCACUACUUAAACAAAUUUUUAACCUAUCACAUUAUAGUAAAUAAUUUGCUCAUACCCAUUUAUACUCCUGGGUGGAUAAAGGCACUGUAAGAGUUAACCCUUUAAUUCCCAAGAUUUGAUCGUCAAUUCUUCCCUCCAGCUGCCACACAUUUCCUUGUAGAAUUGUUACUUGAAUUUGGUGGUGGAUCAAUAUAAUAUCUUAUACCGCACAAGUUUAAAUAUUCUCACUACCAAUGGUGAGAAUAUUUGCUGGAUAAUUGCUGUACAUUUGGCGGAUAAUGCAUGGAGACUAUUACGAGAAGUUACUUGUUAAUCACUUCUGGGAGUUAAAGGGUUAAGUGUCUUGAACAAGAAUAGAACGCAAGUUGGCUGGUUCUGGGUUCCAGACUUCUUGACCCAUUAGGCAAUCGCAUCUAUUUGCCUACCAGAUGUUAAGCACUACCAAAUUGUUUUGGUGUUUUCAAUGUGACAGAUGGUGUUAUUGGGAGUUUCCUCAUAAGGCCAAGUGAUAAAUCUCCAGGAGAUUAUUCCCUCUCCCUCAGGUGAGAAAGAAUACAAAUUAAUAUGCUUCUUUUAAGCCAGACUGCAACUGUUGUAAAAUUUUCGUUGUAGUAUCUGAUUCAAUCAGAGAAUGUGGUUAGUAAAUGAUCACUAUUUAAAAAGCUCCUGAUUAUUAAACAAAUUCUCCUUGUUGGUACAGUUGGAAACGUAAAGAAAGCAGUGUGGAGAAUAUUUAUACUGAUGCAAGGGUGUAAGGGUUAAAACCAACAUCCAAGCAAAAAUGAAACUUUUUUCAACUAACUUACUUAAAGAGAAAUCUGAAGGUUCAGUUACUGUUAAAACAGCAGUCCAAAAUGAACUUCAUUUAAACGAGUGGCACUUGAAUUCUGUUGUUUAUGUGUGAACUAGACUUGUCACAGCUGUGUAUUAAUUUUUCUUUCUUUGGCAUUUUUAACUAAAAUUUUCAAUGUUUUAUAGAGGACCAGAUGGUAUCACUCGCUUCCUGAUAAGAAAGCAAGGGAUGCAGUAUUCCUUGGGAGGGAGAAAUUUUGACAGGUAAACUUUAGAAUCGUUGUAGUGAUGAUAUGAUCAAGGCCAUGUUUGUCGCAUGUUGUGGAGUCACUGAAAAUUUUAGGAUUAGACUAUCAACUGAAGGUUGCGACUGCUGAGGUGUUGGUUGUCAUUUAAGACUACGGGUUUGGAUUUAUGUAGCAUGCUGAUUACUUGCCAUAAUCAUCACUUUUUCGGAAACUGUGGUGCAUUUUUCGGGCUAAAAUGGAGAUUUUAUUCUUUACUUUGGUUAUUUCCAUGCCCUAAUAGUGUCUUAGUUAUGUGCUUUACAAAAUGCAAGCCGAAAGAACCUCAAUAGAGCAAAACAUUUUAGCGAACGUUUUGAAUUAUAAGAAAAUGUAUCUUGUUUGCGAUUGAUGUAGUAAAUACAUCCCUACAUCGGAUGAUGUAUUUGAGAGAUUUUUUAAAGUUGGCUGUGAUCAGCGAAGCUUCGAGGGCAACUGUUAAAACUUGAGCGGCAGUAAUUCAGCCGAAGAUAAUAUUCCAAGACUUUUUUUUCUGCCUCAUCGUUCCAAAGCAAUCCUCUCACUAUUUUAACUUGAAACAUGGGUCGGUUUCAAAUUCCCUAUUUUUUUCCUUUCGUUUGAGUUUGAGGGGACAGACGUCAAAUUAGGGGUGUAGCACCUGCAGGAUACGGUAUUUCGGAGUUCUUUCUGCGUGAUGCUUUUCAUCCAACGUACCAGCCUUAAUCUCAUUUAGUUUUGUCUAAUCAACUCCGCCGUUUACUAAUGAAACUCUUGGCUUAACGUCAGGCAGUAAUUUAAGGGCGUUUGUCUGUUUUGCUAAGUGGCAACGCGGCAAUUUCGGGUGAGUUUAGAGACGCAGUACAUGAAUGCAUUUAGAGAGCUAUAAAUAUAGACCAAAAACAAUUCUGACAGUAUGUCAGUUGAUUAAAGAGAAAUGUUUGGGAAUAUUAACGAUUAGGUCAAUUUGUAUUUCUCACUAUUUCGAUUACAUUUUCUGGGGAUUGCUCAGAACAGUUUUUCCGUGGGGAAGGAUAUACACACGGUCUCAUAGUUAGUAUUGAAUUAUGCAGUAAUAUUCCAAACAUUACAAUCUCCAUUCCGAAUGCUUCAGUCUAGGGUUGAAAUUGUUAACGAGGCUGGAGAUGUACAGUUUUUGUUCAGGAAAAAAAAUAUAUAUAUAUCUGUGUAUGAAUACUUUUCUUUUCGUUUUAGUGUGGAUGCUGUGGUAGCAAGGUACAAGCACGAGCACAUUGUGGAGAAUCUUUCGUUAAAGGAACCUGUAUCCAGGGUAAGUUUUUUCCCCCUGCUAUGUCCAACUGAACCGUUUGCAUGUGCAGAAUAUUUACUCACUACUAAUACUAGUGUGUUAGGUGUUCGUAGGCUGUCGUUGUUGUUGCCAGACCUCUCACGGGCAUCGCCGCUCGUGCUUCAGCGCCAAUGAGAGUCUGCUUGGGAAAAGUGAUAAUAAUGAAAAAGACUUGGGAGUUUUGAAUUAACCAAUGAUCGAAUUUAUGUUAUAUUUCAUACUUAAAAACUGUCCUGGUUUUUUUCAUUUACGAAUAAACUCUAUUCGAUAAGGUCAAGUUUUGUUUUUUGAACUGUUUUCGAGUGGGAUUGUUUUGUCUACGAAUUGUUGUGGGAGUCUCUGACACAUCCUUCAGCUGUUUCUGCAUUUCCUGAACAUGUGGGUGCAUUUUCGUGAGCUUUUCUUUCUUUCAAUUUUUGUCGCUGAAAAUUCUAUUGACCUUGAAAUGUGGAAAGAAGAUUACACGAGGAAAUCAUUGUUUAGAUGAGUAAGAAAAGUUUUCGCCUUUUUUUUUUUUUUUUUUUUUCACGCGGUCGAGUAUUAUUCGCUUGUUUAUCGAGUGAUCCAUUUGGAAACCACUGAACAGGUUAUUGUUAGCACUUUUUGUGAGUUUCAUGAGGCGAAAUGUAGUUUAAGCAAGGUUUAAAACUAAGUCAGUUUAGCAGUUUCAGUGAUAGAUAGAAGCGUGCAGGGAAUGUUUUCAGAUGGAUUGCCAGGUGAAUUGCCAGGUGCCUCCAUUUGCUUAGCUACUCUGAAAGAGUUGUUUCCCUCCCAUCCCUUAGCGUUUGAGUAGCUGUAUAUUCUGAAGAGAUUUGUCAUAUACUUUUUCAAUUUUUUCACCACAUUUGGUUGUUGUUUUUUUUUACUUUUGAUCGAUUUUCUGAUGUAUUUUGUUAGUUGUACUCCAUCGAUUGACUUAUUUUUUAGCUUGAAAACAUUUUGCUAUGAUAAUCCCACUCUCUGGGAUGUUUUGUCUAUUCAGGAAAAAUGCGUCAAAAUUGCAAGUUAAACUGAAUUUAAAUGUGACGUGUGUUAGUUUCCGUAUGUCGACUCACAGUUCUUAUUUUGGUUUUACCGGUUGGGUUAAUUUUGCUUACAAAGAAACUGGGAGUGUUUCCCUAGCAGUAGUGACCAGCAUUCAGUGUUUGGAUCGUGCCACCUGAGCGGGGCAUAGAUGUAGAUUGACGUUUUUGCUUUUUUUCGUUUUGUUUUCUUCAUGUGCGAUUCACGAGUGAUGUUGUAACGAGAUGCAGGGUCUGAUUUAAAGUUCAGUUCUUUUCCUGAAGAAAAAGGACAUCCUGAACAAUUGGUUUCUUCAUAGCCGAGUGACAGAUGAACCCCACUGAAAGUUUAUCGGGCAUGCGCGACUUCCUCUUGCCCAACGUAAUACACUUACAGUCAAAAGUUCAUUGAAAUAUUUCUCUUUUUUUCUGUCGAGUGAAUCUUCAAGGUCCGUGAUGAUUUUAAGACAUAAAAAACAAUUCGUAAGGCUUUGUGCGAAAGCCUGAUAGGGCUGACGAGGGACUCUCGACACGUGAGCUUUACAAACCCUUUACGAUGGGCAAUUUACAUUCUCGACUCAGUUGACAAACCAAAUUGUCUAAAGAGAAAACUGUUUGUUUAUCACCGAUCUUUCUGCGUAGGAGAGGUUUGAAGAGGGAAUAAGAAGAUUAAUUUAACAUACCUUGAAACUCUGUCCAGUUAAUUGUAUUUUGGUUUGGUUCCAGGCCCAGGAAUGGGAUCUUCCACAUAGACCCAUGACACCGAGUAGAAAUGGCUCGUCAUUUGUACUUAGAUCGGAAACACCAGGACCAGUCAUUUUAAAUCGAACUCAGCCUGCUUUCAAGAGAGGAUUUUUAGUAAAGAAAGGUACUUAUUGACUACUUGUGCGGCUAAGUAGGAGAGAUAUUGUCAAUAACAACGAUACCUCGAAAAGUUUCCAAAAGUGUUUUUAUGGUUUUAAAGAAAGUGUGAAAAUGUCCAAACUUGUCGAAAUUGUGAUAUCCAGGCUGAAAUUUGAAAAAAAAGUGAGCGUCAUUUUCCAAUAGGCACCUCCAUUUGAUUAAGAAAAGAAGAAGUACCUUGCGCUUAAAGUAAACCCGCGUGCGUAACAGUGCUCAGGAUCCACUGUUUAUUUUUCUCCACACCAUUGGAAUAUUGCUUUCUUCUCGCUUAUCUUUUUCAACUCUUCUGUUGAGCGGACGAUUUUCGAUCUCUUGAGUUUUUAAAUAUAUCUCUGAAUGAACUAUCUUUCUCCAGCAGAAUUUUGUUAAGGUAAAGACAAAAAGAUGCGAUUACUGUGAAAAAGAAGAUUAUUAGGAUUAAUUGGGAUGGAGAAGGAGAGGAUAGGAAGAAAAAAAUGGAAAGGAUCGGCAAAACGUUUUUCAUUUGUCAUCAGUAUUUAAUAUAACUUGUGAAGGAACUGAAAUACGAGGAGCGCCCUGAUUGGUCAAAAUCCUAUGGUUUAUUGUACUGGUUCACUUAGAGAAGUUGAAAUUUAUUUUAUGGAAGCAGAGGACUGCGCUUUCUAUCGGUUUAUCAACGUAAUAACUCACUUGGGAAAAGGUUGUAAAUCACGAGCUAGAGGCAAGAGAUUUGCGAACUUUUCUCGAGUUUUUUUUACAUCCCAAAUGGAUUGUUACGCUGGUAAACCGAUGGAAAGUGCGAUCUAUUAUUGGUGUAAUUUCAACAACGACAUGCACGAUCAAUUCAACGAUAAAAAAAAAUCCGUUAAGUUAAUAAUGGUUUCUUGAUUUCAGUGUCUCAUUGAACCCAACAGCUACACAAUGUUUAGAAAGACUACAGUAAUAAAAACAAAAGAGACGAAUAUUCUGAAGGAUACUGAAUACUGACUUGGAUUACAAUUGUGGAACCUAAAUUGAACCGGCUUUUGAAUGACUCACAGGCCCUGUAUGGUCUUUAUUUUCACACUGCGGAUUUUGAUGUUUUUUCUUUUUUUCUCCGUUUGCAGGGCAUCGCAACAAAUGGAAGCGAAUGUUCUUCGUUCUUGAUCAAGAUGAACAACAUUUCUAUUUCUUUGAAAAUGAAAAGGUCUGAAUUGAAUAUAUUUCCCGCAUUUUUGUAACAAAACCCUGAACUGUCAUUCGACAUGAAAAUGGAUUAUGGAAUAAAAAUCCAAAACACAUACAAAAAACAACUAAGUCAGUCGCGGAAGCAAUGAGUAAAAAUGAAACAAAUUAGGGGAAAGAUUAAAGUUUUAUCAUCAAUGAUUUAUAUUUUUUGGUCGGUUCGAUUUGCUAUUACGUCUUUGCUAUUACGGCACCUUUAUGAGGAAAACUGCAGAACUAAAAUUGAAUUAGACUCCAAAGCAUUGAAACCUACAUUUUCAGAAACAAAUCACGAACACGUUUAUUGAGGCAAAAUAAUGAUAAUGACAAUAGUACUAAUGAUCUUAUUAAUGUUAGUAAUAAUAAUGAUGAUAGUAAUAAUAAUGAUAAGAUCAUUGUAAAGUACAAACUCAAUAUCGAUUAUCACUCUUAAAAUUCUUCAAUCCUCUCUAACUCGCCCUUGGUUUUCCGUUCUCAGAGAACUAAACCCAAAGGCAUGAUGGAUCUUAGCUUUUCUAUGGUUUACGAGGUUCAUCAAAGCUUUUUCGGCAGGUGAGAAACGAAAUAAUUUUAUCCAUUUUUUUUCCUGGUUACCUUAUAGCUUUCCACUCGUGCCUCGCUGUUUUCGUUGUGCGCCCUCUAACCAAUGCAUUUUCAAACUUAAUGAAAAGUUUAUCUCCAAAUGUGGUACCAACAAACUUCAAGUAGCACGUUUGCCAUAGGCGAAAGUAUUACUAAUGAUCUCAUCACAUUUUUCGUCUUCUUUGAUCGUCAUCUGAACGGGCAUACCGUAAGGUAAAACCUAUCGGUCGUUUGACGUACAGGAACAAACAUCUAUUGUGAACAUUAUCUUGGCGUCUGCGCUGUGAUAUCUUAUAUUUAAGAACCAAUCAAAAUAUGUGAAGAAAACUACGUAAUUUUCAAGAGCUAAGGCCCAGAGUUCUCGCCAGUGAUAUAACAAUUUUUGUAUCGCAAAAUAGCGGGUUUGGAAUUGAUUUUUCAGGUUUGCGUGAGACUCACCGGGUCAUGCAGGGGUGAUAUAGUUCUGCAAACACUGACCAGAAGUUGAGAAAUUUUAGAUUCACUGUUACGUAAAGGGUUGUGCAAUAAAUAUUGCGCAAUGAUCCGUGGUAUUUCCUGGUAAUGUCUCAGAAGGUAAAUAUCACUAGGCAAACAGUCGUGCAGAGUGUUAUGGCUCAAAUUAUCGAUUUCUCUUAUUUUUAUGUUCUGGUUCUUUUUCUCAAAGGCCGAAUUGUUUUCAAGUGGUGGUGCGAGCGUUUAAUGAGUUACGAAUGUUCUACCUUUGCGCCGACACACAGGAUCUGGCAAACGUAAGGCUUUCUUGUUCUUCUUUAAUUUUAUUUCCGAAGAUAAUUUUUCCGUAUAUGUCGAAGCCGUUGGGACGAAACUUUGAAAAUUUUGCUGGAUUUUGGAAUUGAUUUUCGAAGUAACAGUGUGUGUAAGAUGAACAUUUUGUGAGCGUUUGUUUUCAAGAAAAUUUUCCAUGUGCGGUGUCUUUGUUUCACGAAAUUGGAGGCAGUAGCGGCGUGCAUUUCGUGCCACUCACGUAUGGGUUGUCCGAAGUAGGCAUAUUGCUACCGACCAGAUGAAUUGCCAUCCACUAGAGAACCAUGUAAAGAACAAACUACGCUAUCCAUGGAUAGAAAUUUUCUUAAUGGACAAUGUUGUCCAUUCAUCGAACAACCAAUGUCGGGUGGAGAUAUCAUGCUCUUGUUUUGACGUAUAAUUUUUUUUUUCUUCCCUGUUUUUUCUUCUGGUUUGUAUUAUUUUAAUUGGUGACCUUUUUCUUUUUAAUUCUUUUUUCACUUCCAUUUUAGAUGUGCCAUUUAAAAAUUUUUUUCUUGUUGAAUUUUUAGGAUUGGAUGGAGGCGAUUAAGAAGUUUUGUGGGAAACCAAUGAUCACCAACCUAGGCGAAAGGGAUGUGAAGCAGCUACGAAGCUUGGAAGUUACUAUAGUAGAGGCCCAUAAAUUGAAUUCCAACAAAGUUUCUCACCCUUACUGCAUGAUUUCCUUGAACGAAGUCAAAACUUGCCGUACGAAGACACAGGAGGGACAUUCGCCCAUAUGGAACGAAGAAUUUAAGUUCAAGUGAGUGCCUAAUAAAAUUAUAUUUUGGAUUUUAAGUCAUCGCAUGCUUUCCGGGCGUUUUAUUGCAAUGAUUAAGCAUACAUGUAACUGUGGUCUCCUAUUGAAAAAAAAUAAGGUUUAAUGGUGUAUAUUUAUGCAAUGUUGCGUAGUGUGAAUUCAAUAUAAUCGUCAAUAAAAGAUUGUUAUACCCAACUCCAUAAUUUUUAAAUGAUGUUAAUGAAGUGUGUCCUGUAUUACAAAACCAAUUAACCGCCUUUAUAUCAUAAAUACUGUUGAUUAGAUGGCACAGGUACAAAGGUAUUAGGCGUUGCCGGCGUAUUGUGAGGUAUUAUAUGACCGUUUUAUUGAAAAUUUUGUUUUUAUUUUAGUGACUUGCCCUCCGAUGUGUCUUAUUACUCAGUUGAUCUCUACAAUCGCAACAAACGCUCCAGAGAUGGUCAAGUAGGUAGGUGCCGCGCUCUCUAAAAACAGAAAGCAUGGUUAUCGAGCCUAAUUUACAGAUUUGCAGACAGCCUGGUUUUUUUUGUUGCUGUUGUUUUUGUUGUUGUUGUUUUUUUUUUGCGUUCAGUUGUGCCCUACUGUGUGAUAAACUUCCACAAGACGUUAGCCUUUUAGAUGCCAAGUUUAAUUUUGAUAAUUUUUGAUUGGUUGUGUUCUGGUGUCGUCAACAGGAAGUGCAAUGGUCCCACUUAACCGUUUACCCAAAGGAAAUGUACUGGAUGAGUGGUACCCACUUCUUUCGCCUUCUCACUCCAAAAUGGAGGUCGGCAGCAUUCGCGUCCGGAGUAAAUUCACGGUGAGAAAUUUACCAUCAGCUAUACGUAAAUGAUUUCUUAACUUGGCGGAGUUAAGAGACCGAACGUAGGAUACCUCCCAAAAUCGGGACGUUGAAUUUUAAGGGUGUUUACCAGGAGCCUGAAUUGAUAAGCCAGAAGUAAUCGAAUUGGACAAUUUGAUAAGAAGAGACCGGUCAUUCUUCUCGCCGCGGGGGGUGAGGGGGGGGGGCGGCUGUAGUGUUUCUUCCAGUUUUUUUCAGUCAAUUUUCUAUACUCCCCCUUUCAUACUCUAUUUGCGACGGUUGACCCCCUUGAAAACCAUGUGAUCCCCAGAAUUUUCCCCCCCCCCGUGAUAAAUAAGAGGUGGUCACCGAACGCUUAUUUCUUUUGAUAGUGAAGAUAGUGAUUGAAAAUAUAAUCAUGACAUGGGAUACAGUGUAAAAAUCACUGACAUGGUCAGUCAGUUCUGGUCAAUAAUUUAGAUCUGGCCGGAAAAUUCUGAUUCAUAUUAAGCGCCCCAAGCUUAACAGCUUGAAAACUGAAACUCUGUGAACUUUAUGUUUUUCAGCAUGAGAUUAUUAUGCCGGUUGAAGAGUAUAAUUCACUCAAAGAGGUGAGUAUGUUUAUAGCAUCAAUCUUUGCUGAAAGCAAAUUGUAGCGUACAUUGGACCGCAAUGCAUUUAGUUUGUUGAGGUUAAUUUACGAAUCUACCCACGAAGGCUUCAAGUCAUAGAACUGAUUAGUAUUUAAGGAUGGUCUUUAGCUGAUAAUGGUAAACUUGCUAGUAUUUAAGAGUGGUUUUUAAAAUAUUUAAGGAUAGCCUGUGGAACAGACGUCAUUUUUUUGCUUCUUUAGGUGGCCAUAGGCGGUCAUGUCGCAGCCUAUUUUCGCGAUCCUCCCCUCGCGCGUGUCUCACCCUCACGCUCGCCUCACACUUCCCUGUGCUCGCCUAAAAAAAAGGAAAAAGGAAAAAGGAAAAAGAUACAUACACUAAAAAAAAGGCCUGUGGAUGAACACCGCUGAAUGCUCAAGGCAUCCAUUGGUCUUUCCCUAAAAGAAGUUGCCAUAUGAAUCAGUAAUCUUCGUGAUAUGUCGAUAUUGCUUCCGAAUUUUCGGAAAAGCUCAUUGUAGCUCAUUGCACAGAGAGCAAACGGAUCACUUUCGUUUUAAACCUGCUUUCAUGCCCAACACGAGGUUGAGCGUUUGCUCCUACAAGAUGAACUAUUGGGUAGCUGUGUAGCCUUUUACAUUGUAACCUGUUCACCUCUUGUAGAUCAUUCUGGACAAGGAUUUACAAGCUGUGAAGAGCCUCGGUCAGGUGUGCAAGGACCGAGUGGGCCUGGCCUCCACUCUGCUUAAAAUAUUCCGUCAUGAAAGGGAAGAAAUCUUCCUACUAAAAACGAUGAACUCAUUAGAAAUAGAAAAUCAAGGUGAGUCCUCUUCGAAUAUUAGCCCUUUAAAGAGGUAAAAAAUGUCCAAAAAAAAGAAUGCUGCAUGAUGGUGACAAACGAAAACUAACGUCAGCUACGAUGAAUUAAUUAGAAAUAGAAAUACAGCGUUUUUGUAUAUUAGAGUCCUCUACGAAUAUAAGCCCUUUAAAGAGAUAGAAAUGUCCAAAAAUGAAUGCUCCUUGAUGGUUACAAACGAAAAGGAACGUCAGCUGUGAUAAAUUUCUUGUUGGACCAGAAUGCUUCAAAGUGCUGAAGAUUCAGGGGCGAUCUAACAACAUUCGGUUCGCGCCCAACUCGCCUCAUCCCUUCCGUUCUUGUCGUAUCUUUUGUCAAUUCAUUAGGAUCAGAACGACAUAGGUGAGUUUGAUCAUGACUUUUGGGGCUACAUCUAAAUGAAGUCUGAAUUUAUUCACUUUUUGUACAAUCUUGACGUCAACGCAGUGCAAAAAUGCUAGAAAAAUCUCGUUCACAGGAAACAUGAAUUUGUUUCCGACUUUAUUGUAAAAACGACCGAAGACUAACAGAAUGAAGUUCACUUUUUGCUGGCUUUAGCCGCUGCUCAAACUCCCAACUAUUCCCUGAUUUUACGGGUGAGUAUCGCAGUGAUAUAGUUCAUCUGUCUUUGUUGAUUGCAGAGGAAGUAUCAACGUUGUUUCGCGGAACUUCGUUAACCACGACACUCAUGGACCAGUACAUGAAAAUGGUCGCUAUUCCCUAUCUACAGAAAACAAUCGGUGAUGUCGUAGCAAAAAUUGUGGAGUGUAAACAGUCUUGCGAGGUAUGACCGGUGUCCUAAAGUAGAGGUUCUGUUUUAUCUCAUGCCGGAAAGAUCGCAGGUGGUGAUCCAGGCAUUUAUAGUAAUUGUUUGCUAUUUUUGUUGCGUUGCAGUUAAAUCCAGCUAAACUUGAGAAAGGUGCAGACACUGUAGUAAAUCUUAAACAACUUCUGGAGUUUUUAUUUGAAGGGGUUGAUGCGAUUGUCAGGUCACCUGACGACUGUCCUAGGUGAGAAAGCUGCCAUCGAAACAAAAUCACUUUGUUGUCACUCUCUCUCAAAUUAGUGUCUAUCUUGUUACUCUUGGCACAUUGUUUGUAAAACCCGUUGACGAAGUCGUAAAGAAAAAUGUUCACUAAGUUGUGGUUUUGAAUAAAGGAUCGUGUCCAUUAUGGAUUAUGAUGAUUUCAGAUCUAAGGUUUUGUCGAGAUUUGAGAAGAUAUAUCAAAAAUUAAAAUAAUAGACACUUGGCAUUGCAAACUCCUAAAAUCUCGUUGAUCACUUAUCAGCCCAUUUUGAUCUCGCCGAAGCUGUCAGGAAUCCAUCUUCCAAAGUCAACGUGUGAUGUUAUAAUAGUCUUGAAUAGUUAAACAUAGUUAACAGGAGUAGCACCGUAGUAGAUCUGAAUUUGCUGCAUCAUCAAGUAUUUUCUGUUAAUUUUGCAGAACUUUGCGUUAUCUGUUUUGCUGUCUGCAGCAAAAUGUCAAAGAUAGAUGGUCCGACAAUGAAAUAGUUAGAAGCCGUGUUGUUAGGUAAGUGCGUUGCCUUCGGCGUGCAUGAUUUUAAAAUGUGCAGGUAAGAGGCAAAUGAUACAAAUAGAGGAAAAAAAGGAUUUUUUGUCAUCCAUCUUUCGCCAUCCGCAAUCGACUAUCGACUUUCCGCAAUCGGUCGUCGUACUUUCGUAAUCGGCUAUCGACUUUCCGAAAUCGGUCGUCGUACAUCGGCCUAUCCUCAUACACCGUCGAACGUCCACCGUCCUCGACUAUCGUCUUCUGCAUGUUGUCCGUCGUCCGAAUUUUUUUCUGUUUUUUUCCUUAUCCAUCCAUAUUGCUUCAUUCAGAAAUGUUGACCCUUUAUAAAACCGAGCACGUUCUACCUCAGCAACCAAACUGAGUAUCUUCGGGAAAAAAGACUCCUUUUAUUCAAGUUUGAUCUCCAAAAUGCGUAGAACUUUGACUUUUGGUUGCAUGGAGAAAUCAUUUGCAGCUCAAUGUGGAAACUUAGCGGUUAGUUGGUGUCAUUAUGUUUACUCAUUUUCGAGUCGUUCUUCAAAGAAUAGAGUUGAAAUGGUUACUAGCAAUAAACUCCUUGUUAAUUAACUUUGUUUUUUAACAAAUGCUCUCUCAUCUUGAAGUAAAUUUUAAACAAAGACUUUUUUCGUAUUGACAUUGAGGUUGGAACCUUGGACAUAUUCGGUCACGUGACGCAUUCAGACCAAUCGUGCGCGUGAAGAAACGUUUGAGGGAUGUUGAUUAAACUUAUACUCAAAAUGAAGUUCGCAGGUCCACCUGCGUAGAAAAUUAUUCUAAAACGAUUCCUUUCUUUGUACUCUUUUUCCUGCUUCAGUGGUUUUCUCUUCUUGCGGUUAAUUUGUCCCGCCAUAAUGAACCCAAGAAUAUGCAACAUGAUGUCAGGUGAGCGGAAAUUUUAUAUAUUUUUUUUAAUUGUUUUGUAUUACAUAAACUUACGUAAAAUGGAGUAAUCGUUCAUACGUAUGCUUUCUAUUUUGUCAGAAUCUCCGUCAUUGUGUGCUGCUCGGACUCUGACACUUGUAGCGAAGUGUCUUCAAAACUUAGCAAACUUGGUUGAAUUUGGCGUCAAGGUCAGUAACGCCUAAAAAUACCAGGAACUUUUUUUCCCCUGUUUCGCUGACAGAGCUUUUUAUGUUUUAUCUGUUGCAGGAAUCAUUCAUGACCCCAGUAAAUCCUUUCAUUUUGAGAAACAAGGAAAAAAUGAUAAAUUUUUUGGACGAGUUGGCGGUAAGUCAAUAAGAUCCAUAUCACACAUUUCCAAUGUUGUCAAUUUACUUUAGGCACUCCCCAAACUAUUUGGGUGGGUGUUGAGUAGUUGCGUAUUUGUAGUAGGCGGGGUUAACGCUAGGAAUUGAUGGUGUAUUAAAGGGGCUUUCGUUUCGUCGUAUGUUCGAAGAGUCUUUAUGGCUUUUCUGUUACUCUGGGCUAACACUAUAUGUAUCUUCGCCUGUUCCAGGCCUUCAGUUAGUAAAAGGAGCGAGAUUAGCGGCCGAGCGAAGCGAGAAAGGUUUGGAUCGGGUCGCGUAGGGCUCAGACCCAAACCUUUCCCUACUUUUUCCUCCUCCGCUACUAUCGCGCUUUGUUUCACUAAACGGAACGUUUGGAACAGGCCAUGUGCUUCUUGCAAGAAACGAUUACUCUGCCCUGGGAAAUGAACGUUCACUUAAAUUUAAAUGCUUGAAUUUAAUGCGACUUAGAUUUACGCAAAUGAAAGGAGAAACAACCUUCCAGUAAACGUAAUAAACGCGAAAGAGAUGCUGCCAUUUCAAAAUGAGUGAAAUUAGCUUAAGGAGACGAAAAGUAGUGAAUUUACCGUAACACUUAAAGUGACAACUCCGCAAUUGUAAACAUUGUCUGUGGAAAAUUCCCUACACGUGCGGGACGAAUUUAACAUUGGUAGAUCUCCGACCCGAUGGCAAAACGCUUUCGCUACUAUUUCUUUUUAGUUCAAAAUGUCAAACGUAUAUUGUUAGUUCGGAGCAGAAAUAAUGAAGAGUUAAGAUCCAUCUAGUUAAUGACGCAGAAGUAAAUGCUGACAAAAAUGAAAGUGACUCGUGCAAUUUUCCAAAUUCGCAUUGAUAACAUGAAAUGUUGACUUCUUAUAAUAGGUUGGCAGACUUCACAACUGUGUUCGUUCGAAUCCGUCCCUUUACCAAACACAUAUCACUAUAAUUAAGGUUUACUUGGUACAAAACUGAUGUUUGUACUGUCAACGAUGCCAUUACUUGUUCAAUAAUCACGUUGCCCAUGAUAUUUCUAUUGAAUUUUCCAGAACGUGACGCAAACUCCUCCGAUCACGGAGCAAGUGUCUUCAGAUCCAUCGCGUGAUCUUGCCGCUCUUUACGAUAUAUGUUGGACAUACAUGUCAGAGCUACAACAGCUGAGCCAAACACAGGUAAUAUUAUGGAUGCUCCAACCUCCCGCGGAGCUAGAAAAAGUGUCCGCUCAACUGACGAAGUUCACAAGGAAUCUUCUUUUUUUGAACACUCGGAACCACAGUUAAUAUAAUGUCCCUGGAAUGGAGGUCUUCUAAAAGGGUAUCAUGCACUCCCAUAGUUCCAUCUUAUAUAUUGAAGUAAAAGUAGAACCUCUCUUGCGCGGGACACCUCUUUUCAGGGAAUACCUUUCUUCAAAGGACAUACACGAUGGUCCCGACUUCAAAAAGUGCUCCUUUAACCUUUUGUCUGUUACCUUCAAAAAAGGGACGCCUCGAUUUUUUAGAAAUGUAAAAGUUCUGCAUCUCAUUGUGAAGGGGGGCGUGGUCGAAUGGCUCCGACGGUUCGCCAGACUUUUAAUUAGGAGGUUCGGGAUUCAUGUCACUCUUUUAUGAGGUGAAUAUUGUGUGGAGUGAUGCUAAUGUUUACUUGUCUGCACUUAUAAAUAGGUACUCAAGUUCCAACGGGAGGCGUUUUUAACGUUUGUUCCCAUUUAUAGCAAUUUCAGUUGAGUUUCGAGAGUACUGCGGGAUUGCAUUGGUUUUGCUUUAUUUCGCUCUGUGAUUGGUCUUGCAAACUCGCUCUAUCCUCUCAACCAAUAAGAUUCAAAACUAAAAGCAACCGCCAGUUGGUCAUUCACAAGCUGUUUACGUUCUUAGUUGGUUUUUUGCAACGUAUGAGCUGAAAUGAAAGGGUCUAUUUAAAACGCAUUCUUGUGUGUUUAUUUCAGCCGGGGCUCAAAAAGCUUGUAGCUGUUACAGAAACAUUGCGACAACGAGAAGAACAAUUUCUGCAGGAAAACUUAAGCUUAACAAACAGAACGGAAAAAUUGGUGUGAAUUACCACAAUCAGUGACAAGAUGAAGUCAACGGCAGACUACGUGACUUACAUUAAGUGCAUCUCACGUGUUGUUGGUUAAUACAGGGGUGACACGUGAGAAAUAUUUUCAAGGAAAAAAGUUAAUGCUGUCAUUUGCCCCC